CCGUAGACGUAUUUAACACAAAAUCAAACUAAUUGAGAUAAACAAGGUUAAAACUUAAAUUGUAACUUGUGGAAUAAAAUAGUGGUAUAUGACAGAAUGGUUAUGCUUGAAAAACUUUGAUAAUGUUCAAAUUUAUGCGCUGAUUUUACUUGAUUUUACAUCACAUCACAUACCCGCUACUGUAAGUGCGUUCAAUUUAGUCGUACCAUAUACCGUACUGUUCUGUUCAAUUUGCUUGUUUCAGUCAUUUUACAGCUUGUCUGCAAUCCAUUGUUGCAAAUAAAUAUUUUAAUUAUUUUUAACGGUAUGCUCAAUUCAAUAAGCUUAUGUUCAAUACUAUAAAAACACAAGUUAUAAAAAAGCAGCGAUGACUGAAUAAAACCUUCGAUACUAAAGAAAUAAGAAUCAAAUCGAUCAAUCGCCUAUUGAAAUAAUCGAUUCUUGAACGAAAUAAUCGAGAACUUUAUCACUAAUCGAUUAUAAUCGGGGAUCCCUAGCCCAGCUCAAUAUUUAUGGUAAUAUUUACACUGCUCGCAGCAUCUAAAUGACCUAACCUUAAGAUCCUUUAUUCACAAUGGUGGGCUACAUCAUAAUUUUAUAACCUAAACCUACAGAACGUUUCUUAGUGUAUCAUUCGGAUUCUGAAAUUCGGACUUAUAUAUGGAGCUAUUGUAAAUCAAAGCGCACAUGAACAAAAACAAAUUUAAGUUAUGUGAUAUAAUUAGUACUUUUUAGAAAUGUCUCUGUACGACGAUUUUGAUAAGCCAGCUCGCACGACAGAUAAAGUCGCAGGAUGGUCAUCAGGUAUAAAGUUAUUGCAGUCUCAACUUCAGUUGAAGAAAGCUGCAAUUCCACAAGGAAAACGAGAGUUAACGAGAAAACAAGCGGUCGUAUUAGCACCUGUGAUCGAUUUGAAGUCGAAGUCUCGCGAAGUUGAGAAAGAUGAUGAUGGAUUGAAAUUAUUUUCCAAUACUCUAACUUCACUAGGUUCUGUUAGUGAUUUUGAUUGGAAUGUCACUAAUGAGUAUGAUCCUAACUGGCCUAAUGAAUAUGAAAAGGUGGUUAAAGAGUUGAGGGAUAUACGAGAUCGUGAGCAUGAUCAAGAAAACGAGCAACGAAAACGUAGUAGGAGAACCGAGUCUCAUUUUGAUGAGCCUCAACUUUCAAACAUUGCUGCAAUGAACUCUAUUGACAGAGAUGAAGAACGUUCGGAACGAGCUACAUUCAGAAGCAAUGCUGGAGCUGCUAUUGCUCCACCACCAUCGUUGCAAGAAUCUCAAGAACCAGCUCCACUUGCUCCACCACCAACAAAGUCAACUCUCAAUCAAGGAUAUGCUACUUCAUCAGUUGCAGCAAAGAUAAUGGCAAAGUACGGUUUCAAGGAAGGCCAAGGUUUGGGAAAAAAGGAACAAGGUAUGUCUGUCGCACUGCAAGUUGAAAAAACAAGUAAAAGAGGAGGCAGAAUCGUAAGUGAGAAAGAACAAUUGAUGCCACCUCCACCACCUGUAAAUACAUCACCUCCUAGUAGUGCUCAAGUAUCAGCUGAUGGACCAAGUAUUACUGAAAUUAUGAAGUCUCCUAGUAAAGUAGUUUUGUUGAGAAACAUGGUGGGACCUGGUGAAGUUGACGACGAUCUUGAACCUGAAGUCAAGGAUGAGUGUAAUACUAAAUAUGGUGAUGUGACUCGUGUAGUAAUCCAUGAAGUGCUCAAUGCUGUACCAGAGGAGGCUGUCAGGAUUUUUGUUGAAUUCAAGCGCAUUGAGAGUGCUAUUAAAGCUGUUGUGGAUUUGAAUGGACGAUUUUUUGGUGGUCGACAAGUCAAAGCUGGAUUUUACUCUAUUGAAAAACUGAAUGAUUAUCAAUUACUAGAUUAAUUGACUGUACAUUUAUUUGACUUACACUAAGAGUACAAAAAUCCUUUGUAUGAUUAUUUCAUCAUUAUUGAUUUACAUUUUUCAUGUGAAUUUGUUUUGAUUUCUUUACUAUAGUUUAACAGCCUGUAAAAUAAUAUUGUAAUAAAAAAUUUUUUAAA